AGAUGCAACCUCAGCCCUGAGCAGGUGCUGCCAAAACCACCCGCGACCAGCUCCGUGGAGCCCAGCACCAGCCAUGAACGGCUUCCUCUCCCGCCUGGACCCGCGGCGGGUGCCCUGGGGGGCGGCGGGGCAGGCUCUGCGCACCCGCGUCCUGCGCACCAAGCCCGUGGAGUCGAUGCUGGAGGGCACAGGGACAGCCACCACACAGGGCACCAGGCUGGCCAAGGUCCUCACCACCCUCGAUCUCAUCUCCCUCGGCGUCGGGAGCUGCGUGGGCACCGGCAUGUACGUGGUGUCUGGCCUGGUGGCCAAGGAGAUGGCGGGGCCCGGGGUCAUUGUUUCCUUCAUCAUCGCUGCCGUUGCCUCCAUCUUAUCAGGGGUUUGCUACGCGGAGUUUGGCGUGCGGGUCCCCAAGACCACGGGCUCUGCCUACACCUACAGCUACGUGACAGUGGGGGAGUUUGUGGCUUUCUUCAUCGGCUGGAACCUCAUCCUGGAGUACCUGAUCGGCACGGCCGCCGGUGCCAGCGCCCUCAGCAGCAUGUUUGACUCCUUGGCCAACCACACCAUCAGCCGCUGGAUGAUCAACAGCGUCGGGACCCUGAACGGACUAGGGAAAGGAGAGGAGUCAUACCCCGACCUUCUUGCUCUGGUCAUUGCUGUCAUUGUCACCAUUAUCGUGGCCAUGGGGGUGAAGAACUCAGUGGGGCUGAACAACGUGCUCAAUGUCAUUAACCUGGCAGUCUGGAUCUUCGUCAUGAUUGCUGGUCUCUUCUAUGUCAAAGGCGACAACUGGUCUGAAGGGCAAUUCCUGCCAUUUGGAUGGCCAGGGGUGCUCAAAGGGGCUGCGACGUGUUUCUACGCUUUCAUUGGCUUCGACAUCAUCGCUACCACAGGAGAAGAAGCAAAGAACCCCAACACCUCCAUCCCCUACGCCAUCACAGCCUCACUUGUCACCUGCUUGACAGCAUACGUGUCCGUGAGCAUCAUCCUCACACUGAUGGUGCCCUACGAUGCCAUCGACACCGAGUCCCCACUGAUGGAAAUGUUUGUGGCCCAUGGCUUCUAUGCAGCCAAGUUCAUCGUUGCCAUCGGGUCCGUGGCCGGCCUGACGGUCAGCUUGCUGGGCUCCCUCUUCCCAAUGCCAAGAGUCAUUUAUGCCAUGGCUGGUGAUGGGCUGCUCUUCAGAUUUUUGUCCCACGUCAGUUCUUACACGGAAACCCCCGUAGUGGCUUGUAUCGUCUCCGGAUUCCUCGCGGCUCUGCUCUCCUUGCUGGUCAGCCUGAGGGACCUGAUAGAGAUGAUGUCCAUCGGCACGCUGCUCGCCUACACCUUGGUGUCUGUCUGUGUCCUGCUCCUCCGGUACCAGCCCGAGAGCGACAUCGAUGGCUUCGUCAAAUUCCUCUCUGAGGAGCACACCAAGAAGAAGGAGGGCAUCCUGGCCGACUGCGAGAAGGAAGCUUGCUCCCCAGGGAGUGAAGGAGAAGAGUUUGCUGGCCCACCAACUAACACCUGCGGGGCAAAAAAUCUGCCGUCACUGGGGGAUAAUGAGAUGCUAAUUGGGAAAUCUGAUAAAUCCACCUACAACGUGAAUCACCCCAAUUAUGGCACAGUCGACAUGACUUCGGGGAUAGAGGCAGAUGAGUCUGAGAACAUCUACCUCAUCAAGCUGAAGAAGUUGAUUGGCCCUCGCUACUACACGAUGAGGAUCCACCUGGGACUGCCGGGGAAAAUGGACCGCCCCACAGCAGCCACUGGCCACACAGUCACCACCUGUGUGCUCCUGCUUUUCAUCCUGAUGUUCAUCUUCUGCUCCUUCAUCAUUUUUGGGGCAGACUACAUCUCUGAGCAGAGCUGGUGGGCUGUCCUCCUCGUCGUGCUGAUGAUCCUGCUCAUCGUUGCGCUGGUGUUUGUGAUCUUGCAGCAGCCAGAAAACCCCAAGAAGCUGCCCUACAUGGCACCUUGUCUCCCCUUUGUCCCUGCCUUUGCUAUGCUGGUGAAUAUCUAUCUCAUGCUGAAGCUCUCCACAGUCACGUGGAUCCGAUUUGCUGUCUGGUGUUUUGUGGGUCUGCUCAUCUACUUUGGCUAUGGGAUGUGGAACAGCACUCUGGAAAUCAGUGCCCGGGAGGAGGCCCUCCACCAGAGCACCUACCAGCGCUACGAUGUGGAUGUUGACCCCUUCUCUGUGGAUGAUGGCUUCUCCUGUGCCACUGAGGGUGAGGACUACCCAGGCUGGGGUCCUUCCGAGGACAAGGACUUCUCAUACCAGCAAAUGUCAGGAGCAAAAGAAAGCCAUCGGACAAGUAGCAGGUCGAAAAGCAAAGGAAGGCACAAACCACCGUCGGAGGCUCUCAUCGCCAACGAUGAGUUGGACUACUCGCCCGAGUAGCGGGACAGGCAGUGGGGAACUGCACCACCUGACCAAUGAGGAAGGGUCCCCAUGGCUCCCCCAUUCUGUCUUGUCCUCCCCAGAUCCUCCACCACUACCCCGCUCACCUCUGGUCCUCAGGACACGCUCUGCAAUUGCCGUUGACCCCAAAGCAAACACACCCGUGGCCCGUCGCGGCUCCACUGGUUGGGUCCCGCUCUGGUGAAUGCCAGCCAGUUCCCUGGCACUGGUUGAUCUCCCAGCAAUGGCUGCACCAGUGGAGAUGGUGGAGUGGGAGGUGUGCCAAACUGGGAGAGAGUUUGUUGAGAGGCAGAAGGAGCCGCACAAGGGAUGAAACCUCCUUGGGGAAUGUCCACCUGACAGCCACAGUGGUGGGAUGCCACUCUUACAUUUUUGGCACUUGCUUAACAUGUGUUUUUUUUCUUUGAACCACCUUAGAAGUACUAGCUGAGCCAGAGGGACACAUGGGUGGGCAAGUAUGAAAUGGAGAUGGACAAACCUGUUUCAAGGAGGUAGCUCAGGAGUGGAUACAAGGAUGCUGGUCCCACAGCAUUUUCAUGGCCUGUUCUGGUGCAGAGGCACUCUCUGCACACAGCAAUGUGACCCCCGUGUCCAUCCCACACCCUGAAUCCAAGUACCCCAAAUACUGGGAUUCAAAAUCAGUCUGUGUCUCAACCAAGCCUUGAAGUCCCAGCACAGCUAAACAUCCCAAAUCUGCAGUUGGGAGCCUGUCCCAGUUCUGGCCACAGCAACCUCAGUGACCUACUCUUGGCUUAACCCACCUCAUGGGUCAACGAGGCCCACAGACUGCUCCUCUGAGCAUCACUGCUCUGAGGCUGGGCACCGUUUCCACCACACUGAGUUGUACAAAAAGAGCUGGGCCAUAAUUCCCUCACUGCAGCGGGCACAGUUCAGCCCCCACUCUGGCCUUGGGGCUUCAGGGCCAUGUCCAUGGCCCCGCGCAAAAGAAACAUCCAGGGUCAGCCACGUCUUGGCAGGGCUGGGCCACGCUUGGCAAGUGGAGAGGACUCAGCUGCUGGAAUCUCCCUCCCUGCUGCUGUCUCCACAUUGUAUCAUUUUCUCUGUUUCUGACCCUGGAUUGGUGGAUGCUGUAUGAAAAAAAAUCCGAAAACACAGAAUCAUAGAAUCACAGAAUUGUUUGGGUUGGAAAGGACCUUAAAGCUCAUCUAGGUCCAGCCUCCUUGCCAUGACUAGGGACACCUUCCACUAGACCAGGCUGCUCAAAGUCCUGUCCAACCUGUCCUUGAACACAUCCAGGGAUGGGGCAUCCACAGCUUCCCUGGGCAACCUGUGCCAGUGUCUCACCACCCUCACACUUCUCAAUAUAUAUAUUUCUAUAUUUCAAUUUGAAACCACGUGGAUCUGGUGGCUUGCAGGGCAUAGGUGAUCUGCAGGUGGGUGUUUGUCAUAGAUAAACCCUCCAGUUUUGGCCAGAGUGUGGCCAUUACCCCCAGCAGAGCCAUCAGAAUCCCCAGUGCAGCAGAGGAACAUCUCUUUGAAUAAUCAGUAACCGAGGAAGCACCAUCAGGCAGUAACAUCCAGCCUGCUC